GAUGCAACAGACCAUGAGAAAAAGAAGACGUUAUUAUUCACAGAGUGUUUUGAACUUGCACCAAUUUCUCUAAUCACAAAAUCAGGCGUCAAUCACACCCUUUUGGGACAUGUUCCAAUCCUCGACGAGCUGUCGGCUGAUAGCCCAGUGGCUUUAACCGUUGCUUCCACACAGUUGUAUAAGAAUCAGGACAAACCGUUUUGCAGCCGCUGUUCAAGCUUCCCCUCUCCUGGCUUAGAGGGUCUCCUCCGAGUGUCGCCCUAUGCGAAACUCCUUUUGGAAAUGAAGUUUGUUGAGCUCUCGGAGGAUAAUACCAAAAUCUUGAACGAGGACUGGGUUUCCAGGCCUUAUUUAAAGCAUGUUUGUGCGAGAAUGUUUGCAGGGUCCAUUUUACAUAAUAAAACCAACAACCAAGCUGUAAUGAUCAACUGUCUUGAGAUUUUUGGUCGAAAGAAAGAAGUUGACGCCCAUCGGGAGCCUUUCCGGCUAAUCAAAGGCCACGCCCCCCAAACAUCAAUUCCUCCUUUUGGAAAGAAAAAAUACCCAGACGUUUGGCCACUCACAAUGAAUUCCAAAGAUGGAGAUCGACUUGUGAUUGGGACACAAGCUUUCAACAUCCUGGUGACAUCUUGUAUUCGCUUGGACGAAAAGGUAUCCCCAUCAUUAGGCGGAAUGACAACGUGCUUCUCCUUAAAAGACACUGAAUCUUCAAGAGCCACGGCAAUUUUUUUGGAUUGUGAAUCUGUUCAAGAGGCCUAUGAGAUUUAUGAAAGUAAGAAGGAGACAAAGUCAAACCAAAAUGAGAUUGAACAAAUGCGCCAGCUGCGAAGCAAAUUCAAUCACAUCUCAACUUUUUAUUCCAGCAGAGCCUCCAGUAACAUCACCAAGUCCCACAAUAUGCAACCAUACACAGUCUUUACAUUAAGUGGGCAUGACAGCUUGGAGAGUGGAAGUGGAAGAGCAGCAGCAAUUCUAUUCAACGAGAUUGCCAUUCGAGUAAAAGAUGGCAAGAAACAUUCCAAACUCAAACUCCGUUCAAUAAAAAGUGCGCUUGAACUCUGUAAAAAUACAGGGAAGAUCAAAAACAUCCUGGAAAAUAUUGCGGGGCUUUUUCAGGACAAAACAUCAGUUCGGAUUAUUGGAAACAAGGACUUGAAUACAGAGUUGGUAAAAUUGGCGAAAGAGCUCUCCUCCUGCAUCGUGAAAGCAAACAAAGUCCCAGCCCAAUUCAUACAGGAAUGUUUUUCAAGUUAUUAA